CUCUCUAUUAAAAACUUUUCUCUUUCUCUCUUUCUUUCUUGUAGCUUUACCCUACUCUUUCCUUUUUCUAACGUAAAAUCCAUAUGGAAAUGGAGGAUCAUCGUCACCAGCAGUAUUCCAUUCCUGAUCUCAGGCAACUGCUGAACGGAAAGCCGAUAAAUUUCCAAGAUUUUCCACUGGAUACUACUGAGUUGUUUUCUCCCGGCCACAGGAAUCCACCGCCACCGCCACCGCACCAGCCCAACCACCACCCCUUCGAUAUGAUGCAAAUGGUGGGUAUGCAAGUUGGGUCGACUGCUGAUAAUAAUAACACUAGUGAUCCCAUGGCUGCCAUUGCGACAGUCACUAGUGCUUCCACACUUAGUCCCAGCUGUGGCUUCGAUGGUGACACUGCCACUGGUUUUCGAGGCGACGGCGGAACGGGAAGGUGGCCGAGGCAAGAGACUUUAACACUUCUUGAGAUCAGAUCUCGUCUGGAUCCCAAAUUCAAAGAAGCGAAUCAAAAGGGUCCAUUGUGGGAUGAAGUUUCCAGGAUCAUGCUCAAGGAACAUGGGUAUCAAAGGAGUGGGAGAAAAUGCAGGGAGAAAUUCGAAAACUUGUAUAAAUAUUAUAAAAAUACUAAGGAAGGGAAGGCUGGUAGACAAGACGGUAAACACUAUAGAUUCUUUCGUCAACUCGAAGCUUUAUAUGGAGGUAAUAUCUGCAACAACAAUGGCGUUUCAGGUCAAGAAGCUCACCUUGUAGGGAACGCUUGCCAUUUUCGUGGCAUUCAACCAAAUCAAGAGAUCUAUCACUCUCAAAAGCUUUGUGAUAAUAUUCUUAGCCUCUCUACUUCCUCCAAAUUCGAUUCUUCUUCCUCGGAUAACAACGAGUUGAGCACCACAAAGAAAAGGGGUUGCAGGAGAUGGAAAGCGAAAAUAAAAGAGUUCAUCGAUUCUCAAAUCGGGAUGCUAAUGGAGAGGCAAGAGGCUUGGCUUGCGAAACUGACGAAGAUGCUCGAGCAGAAUGAAGAGGAGAGGGUUUUAAGGGAAGAACAAUGGAGGAAAGAAGAAGCUAGCAGGAUCGAUAGAGAGCAUAAGUUUUGGGCUAAAGAGAGAUCUUGGAUCGAAGCUCGUGAUGCUGCUUUAAUGGAGGCGCUGCAGAACUUGACCGCCAAACAACUGAACGCUGCUACCGCAUCGACCGACAGUGAAAACCAUAAUGAAAGGGAGGAUGGGUGGAAAGAAGCCGAGGUUUCUAAGCUGAUACACCUGAGAAACGCCAUGGAACCGAGGUUCCAACAGGGAGGGUAUACGGAAGAGGUUGUUUUGUGGGAGGAAAUAGCUGGUAAGAUGAGUUGCUUAGGCUUUGAAAGGAGUAGUUUAAUGUGCAAAAACAAAUGGAGUAGGCUAAUAAAAACAAAGGAGAUGAUGAGAAACAAGAAACGGAAGGAGAAUUCAAGAGGAUAUGAUUAUUAUCAUCAUCAGCAAAAUGAGUCGAUGUACAGUACGCAAGCAGAUGAUGGGUCCUCUCAUGGUGUAAACGAUGGUUGCUUUCGGUUCUUCAUGGCUGAUGGAGAAAAUAACUUGUGGGAAAACCAUGGUUUGAAGCUCAGCAACUGAUGAGG